AUGCGUUUUGUGGAGCUUGACCAUCACAGUGGCCAUCAGGCUGGUGGCAUCAGCAUCGACACAGAGACCACCACCUGCAACCCUACCACUGGCCCUGGGGUCAACAACCAGCCAGGAAAUUGGUCAGAGCACCAUGGAUAUCAGCACCAGCACCACCCUGGGUUGCUGGGCAGCACCCAGCAGCCACAGUUCCUGCCUGCCCCUGACACCCAGGUCCUCUACCCCACCCCUCCUCAGGGAUACCAUGGUCUGGUGACCUUCCAGGAUAGAGCUGCUGUACCCCUUGAUCACCAGCUGCAAGGCCCCCCGGUGUUUGUAGAUGCUCUGGGUCACCACCAUGGCAUGCCGCCUUUUGUGGCUAUGGAUGGUGGUGCAGGCUUACAAUACGGAGCUAUGCCCUAUGUGGAUCCACAAGUCCAGCCUACCAUCAUGUAUGUGGAUGCCAAUGGCCAGGAGCUUGGUUCCUCUGGGCCUUUGAACCCACCACAACCUCAGGCACCCAUCAUGUUUAUAGACGGUGCCCCUGUGGCUGUUGACAUUCCCUUUAUGCCACUGGAUUCAACAGCUUUUCACCCACAUGUGGCACCGCCAUUUAUGCCAAUAGAUUCUAUGGGCCUACAGCAUGUCACUGCCUAUCCCCCAGAGCCUAGCACCUCAGGGCAGUUCACUGGCAGCCUACAGCUGCCGACGCUUGAAGAGCUGUGUGCUGGACUAAGCUGUGCUGACCCGACAAGACCACUAGCACCAGGGGUGAGGCCUCCAGUCCAGCAGUUCCAGCUGGAGAGUCGCAGGAGCAUUAGUGGGCCUGCUUCAUUCUCAAGGACAGAGGCGACCUCUGUGGCUGCUGACAGGCUUGAGAAGGCCUGGGAUGAAUACCAGCAGCGAGUAAUACUUGGGUGCUCCAUGCCCAGCACCAGUGGCUUAAAGGAGGGCCCUGCAGUGGCUAAAACCAAAAGUCGGAGUAGAUCAAAGAAACAGCGCACAGAUGAGGCGAAACCCGCAGACAGGAGUGCCAUCAAAGGAGACCAGGCACUUGACACAGCCUCUACCGAGAUGGGCAAUGCCAACGCUGCUGUGCUGCCCAACAAACCAGAGGAGGGUCUUACUGAGAAGGGUGGCGAGAGCAAAGACAAGAAGAAGAGGCGUACUAAGAGUAAGCACAAUCUAGAUGAGAACAAGGAGAAAUCAGGCAGUCCCAACGAGAAAACCACCAAGUCCAAGUCCACCUCCAGUGAUGACAAUGACAAACCAGAUGUUGCUGACAGGAAAGCAGGCAAAGGGUCUAAAACGCCUAAAGAGAAAUCAAAGAGCGAGGACAAGGACAAGGAUAACGACGAGGAUAAAACGCAGAAGAACAAAAUGGCCAAAGAGGUACCGAUCCCAAAAAUCGCUCAGCCCAAGAGCCGACUGGGACAGCAUAUUCUACAGUCGGUGGCGGUCUUCCACAAGCUCGGCGACAAGGUCGAGAGACCUAAGGCUCCAGCAACCAAACCAAAGCAGGACGAGGAUGCCCCAACAUCUCAGUCCGAUUGUCGCGCUUCAACAAGUGGGACGACGAAGCAGCAGCAGCAGCAGCAGCAGCAGCAGCCAAGGAUCCCAUUCACCGGCCACUUCAAAAUCCCUACGCAGCCAAAAAAGAAUGCAUCACCUGGGCCUGGAAAGGCCAAACAGCCAGAGCGCUCUUGCUCUGCGCCCGAACAGCUAGGCACCCGGCCUUCCCAUCUCCUGCUGCCAGACAGCAGCUUCAUAGAGGCCUGCUCACAACGGCCACAGCAGCGUUACCGCCGUCACCGUCACCGCCACCGCCAUCGUAGUCGCAGCCACCAUGACCACUCACAACACAGCCGCCCCACAACGCCCCCCGAGUUCAAGCCCCGUCCCAGACUCUACCCUGGCAGCAACGAGGUGCCCCACUACUACAAGAACCACUCAGAGGGCAGCGUGGGUCACUAUGGAGAGGGAGAGACCAUCAUCUACCUGAAGCCAGAAAAAGGCUCCAAGGGUCUGUUCCCCCUGCCACACGUCAACCUGGCCCCUAUGCCCCCUGGGUCACUGCGCCGCUUCCACUGCCGCGAGUACUCCGAACCUAUCGCCGCAGAGCAGCGCGCCGAGAGGGAGGCCAUGAAACAGCAGGCCAAGCUCAAACGGGAAGAGGAGGCCAAGAUCACAGGGACCGGCAUGGACUGCAACGUGCUGGCGGAGCGCAAGCACCUGCCGUACGCGUGGCCGUGUGAAGACAACUGGUGGGAGACUGGCCUGGGCGACGUGGAGAAGAUUGAGGAGUGCAAGUACGGAGCCAGGGAUGAGGAGGACCAUAAUCCUGUAUACAUUAGCCUGGCCCCCAUUAUAUCAGAUGAGCCCUUCACAUUUGGCCCAGAGGACUUGUUUUAUUCAACUGACGAUUAAUAUAAUUAUUAUUAAAUGCAUAGUUUAUAUAAAUUUUACAUAUCAUAAUUUUUAAAUUAUAUAUUAAAAGUUAUUACAUAUCAAAAUUA